CGCCCGCCCGCAGAAUGGAGGCGCCGCCGCCGCGGGGCUUCUCCGAGGAGCAGUUUCAGGCCGCCUGCCGGGAGCUGGACCAGCCGGCGCCGACUGCGGGGGGGCCCUGGCAGCUCCUGGUGGAGAGCAUGGGCGUGAGGAUCUACCGGCUGUACGACGAGCAAUCAGGACUUUAUGAAUAUAAAAUCUUCGGUGGUCUUACUGACUGUCCCCCAAAACUGUGUGUUGAUGUCUAUAUGGAUUUAGAUUUCAGAAAACAGUGGGAUCAGUAUGCGAAAGAACUAUAUGAAAAAACAAAUGAUGGUGAAAAAGUGAUCUACUGGCAAGUGAAAUACCCUUUUCCUCUCUCAAACAGAGAUUAUGUCUAUAUUCGGGAGUGUCGAGAGAUGGAUGUUGAUGGAAGGAAGAUCUGGGUUGUGUUAGCUCAAAGUGUGUCUGUUCCUCAGUGCCCUGAAAAGCCUGGCAUCAUCAGAGUUAAAAGCUAUAAGCAAAGUCUGGCAAUAGAAAGUGAUGGCAAAACUGGAUCUAAAGUCUAUAUGUACUAUUUUGAUAAUCCUGGUGGCAUGAUUCCUUCAUGGCUGGUCAAUUGGACUGCCAAGAGUGGUGUGCCUGCUUUCUUGAAGGAUGUGCAAAAAGCUUGCCGUGAUUAUUCUAAGAGCAUUUAGGUCAAAGUUGAUCUGAAUUGUUUAAUUUCUACAGCUCUGCACUUACAGGAAUGGCUACUAUAUAUUACACUGGAUAAAAUCUACCUCUAAUGUUAGAAUUUUAUUUUAGUUGGUUUAUGCAGUGAAUUGUUUUAAAUCUUUGUUUCCAUCUCCAGCUGUCUCUGACAAGUGCAUCCUUUUACAACUACUUAAGUUCAGCUUUGUCUCCCAUGCUUUGCUUGUGCUGAUUGUCAGGUGUCAGCUAGAGGAGUUCUGCUGACUGAAAUGUUUCAUCCUGACGCAAGAGACAAUGAUCUUGCUAAGAAAAAUGUCUGAGCUUGGGCUGAAAUUUCUCUUCGAGUGUUAUGCCUGGAUCUGCCUUUGUGACUUUGCAGGGUGACUUCCUAUUGAAACUUAAUGAUUUAUAUCAGUUACAUUUUAUCAAUAUUCCUGUAUGAAAAUGAAAAAUCAUUAGCUGUGUCUAGCUAGAAAAACAGGAGUUGGAUUCUGUGUCUGCUUUAAGGAGAAUAAAUUAUAUCUUCAGAGCCAGUAGCCUUAUCCAUAAAAGCAGCUUGGAUACCAGAUUGAAAUUGGAAGUAAUUUUAAACCAAAUGCCUGCAACAGAAUGUGAAUGAACUUGAUGUGAAGCUUGGGCUUGCUUGCAUUUUAAAAUUUAAUGCUGGUGUCAAUGAUUGAAAUUGUAGUUUUGGAUGGUAAUCCACUAAAAGUACAACUGAGCAGGAAACUAAAUUUUCAGCACCUUUGUGGAGUGCAUAGAAGAUGAGAGAGCCUUAAUCCCAGGUGUUUUGAAAUAGUGUGCAUUGUUAUUAAAUCUAAUCCUGUUACUGUGGACAAACUAAAGUGGGGCAGCUUUGUCUUGUUAAAAAUAAAUGGCUGAAGUGGUUGCCUUGAUACUUUGUGUAAAUACUUGUUUCCAAUAAAUCAUUAUUCUAC